AUGGCAUUCCACCAUAACGAACCCGUCGCACAGGCAGAGUCAGCAGACGAAUACGGCCGGCGCGAGGAUUGCUUCAGAAAUUACAGAGAUCAUCCCUUCACCUUUCACUUUUAUCUAACAGACCUCCAAAACACAAAAGAGGUCACAGAAAGAAACGGAUUGGUCUCUCAGCCGGGUCUGAAGGCAGGAGUACUCCCGAAUCCGCAGAUAGCUGAAGAAGUGCUUGACCAGGACCAACAUCAUCGAAUGAACGCUGAGAGACUGCUUCGUGAUUCGCCUCCGGGUUAUGGUAUACCAGCUGCUAGCUCUCAUAUCAAGAAAUUGUUUGUUCCCGUGGAAGAUUUAGAUUUGGGCUCUUGCCCCAAGCAUGAUCUUCAGGAUUAUUUAUGCCCAGUUUGGGCAAAAAUAUAUGACAAUCCUUUCCAACAAUGGCUUCCAUUAGCGACUACGAGGACCGAUAGAGAUGAGAGUUUACAUUUCCCGCCUGUUUUAAGCAGAUUACAAUCUCAAAUAUGUCGAGAGAUCGAGAUCGAUAAGCCAAUGAUAUCAGAUGCCGCUGCGGAGCUGGUACGAAAGGUUGACAAACCGAUCACGGCAUUCGAAUUUCAAGACUUAAUCAAGCGACAAUCGAAAUUUGGUCCUUGCCAAUAUAGCUGCAUCGAACCUAUCUCGCCCCCUCUUUCUCCAGUAUCUGAUGACGCUGUCCCGUUCAUUCCUGAUGGAAAUGUGACGAUUAUUGACCUCGUGUCCGAACCAAAUAGCCCCGAUCAAACCGCAAUUGAGGAUUCAGAACCUAUCGUCUCAUCCACUUUUAUGACUUCGUCGCCUACUAGAGAGCUACCUGAGCUCUUCCAAGCGCACAACGCUGUUAUCGAAGAAGCCAAGGUAGAGUUACCUGUUGUCUUUACUAGUUCGAGUUCUCCAGGUAAGGAGAAUACUCUUGCCGAUAUCUGCCUGCCCCUUGUCGGCCUUGAAGAUGAUGAUACAGAUUUGCUCCUGGAAAGAGGGCAUUUCGAAGAUGCCUUUAUGACGCUGCUUGACGACCGGCAGUAUCAUGCCAAUAAGUUGGUGGGCCAGGAGCGCUUAGAUCCAGCAGAUUCUAUAUCACGCAUUCCUGUGCCUUUGCUUGACUUUGGUAUCCAGCCCCCCACGUGGACAGGGCCCGAGCUAGAGGUUCUUGUCAUUAUUGGAGAUGAAGAACUUGAAGAAGUCUACGUGCCGGAGGAAGCAUAUGUACCAGAUGGUACGACAGAUGAUAUGUCGCCUAUCAUUGUUGCGGAGCAACACGAUAACACAAAUCGCCUAAACUCAUCCCAGGGAAUCGGGUCAGUCUACUUUCAAAAUCAGAACAGCCCUGACCUCAGCCGCUCGCUUCGUAGGAAGGCCGAUAACUCUAUGAGACUUCUACCGAAGUGUUACGAUACAAGCGCUACGACUAUACUUCUCCAUAACUUCAUGGAGCUGAAAGGCAUAAAAAGACCCCGACUUGAUACAAGAUCAUCAGAAGCAUGUCAAACCGCAAGAAAGUUGCCGUCGAAAUUUAUAAACGAAGAAUCUUCAACAGAUGCCGCUAGAGAGCUACCCACCACAACCGCUGGAGGGAUGGUUCCAGCAAAAUUCCCUAAAUUUGAGAUACCAUCUGUUAUGGCCUGUUUCAUUGUUUCAGUUGAUCUGCCAAGGUCAAUAUUGAGACAAUUAGAGCAUGUGUGGUCUCCCGAAAGUUUGCUUGACACCGAUUUUUCAGAGCAUAUUGCUGUACCGCGGCCUUCGGAAUCUGCUCAAUGCAACCAGACUACCUCGGAGUUGAGUUUGGAAGCUGAUGUAUCUUUGUCGCCUAUUACAGGAAUCAUUGUCACCAAUAUUCUCAAAGUGCGACAGCGGCCUCUCCCUGGCUCUCAGUCUCAAACGCCGUUGCGCGAUCGUGUGCAGAAAGUCAGCCAGAAAUACGAAACUCUAUUAGUCCUUGUGUCGGAAUCGCAUCCUAGUGGAGAGUUUUCGGGAGCAUUGGCCCCGUCUGAUAUCGCAGCUUACGCUGACUUUGUGAGCUUUACCGUUGCACUAGAUGGGGAUAUAAACGUGCAGCUUGUCCCAGGGGCGGAACAAACAAUGGCCUCGUGGAUUUCCGCCUACCUGUCUCAGAGCUCUUUCAAAUCCCACGGUAUGAAGAGGCUUCUAUCCUCUGAAGAAACGGAAUGGGAAAUACUCCUUAGGCGUGCCGGCAUGAAUGUUUUCGCUGCCAAAGUAUUGUCGAAAACGCUCUUUGAGCAAGCCGGGGCCUCGGGGUUGGCUGCAUUUUUGACGAUGCCUGUGCAAGAGCGGGUGGCCAGAUUCGCACCAUUGCUUGGUGGAGAAAAGGCUUUGCGCCUGACAGCCAAAGCGCUGGAUCGAAGCUGGGCGCGGUAA